AUGGGUGAUGGAUGGACAGAUGCCAGGCAAAAGUCGUUGAUUAACUUUUUGGUGUAUUGUUCAAAGGGCCUAUCAUUCAUCAACUCUGUUGAUGCCUCAAAUUUCAUAACAGAUGCUGAAACAUUAGGUAAUCUUUUUGCAGAGAUUGUUGAGUUUGUGGGUCCAAGUAAUGUGGUUCAUAUGGUGACAAACAAUGGUGCUAAUUAUAAAGCAACUGGGAGGAAACUUUCAGAGAGAUAUCCUACUAUUCGAUGGUCUCCAUGUGCUGCUCAUUGUAUCAAUUUGAUUAUGAAAGAUAUGUCAGAGAUGAAUGAUGUGAAAAAUGUCGCUACUUUAGCUUCAAAGGUCAUUGUUUUCAUCUACAAUCACAAAUGGACCUUGAAUUGGUUGAGGAUGAGGCCUAGUUGGAAAGAGAUAGUUCGUCCAGGAGCUACUCAUUUUUCCACAACAUUUAUUGCAUUGAAGAGUUUACAUGAUCACAAAGAUCACUUGCAAGCUUUGGUGGUAAGUUAUGGCUAUAAAAAAUUUCUUAAGAUGCCAAAAGGUAAAGAAGUUAAGCAAAUUGUUUUAGAUAAAAGAUUUUGGAACAAUAGCUUGAUCUUUGUCAGAAUAAUGACACCUUUGAUACGCCUUUUGCACCGUUGUGAUUCUGAUGAAAAACCAUCAUUAGGGUCUAAAGUUGACAAAAGAUCUUAUGAUCCUGUUGAUUAUGAAUCAAUCGACAUGACUGAGUUUUGGAUAUUAGAAGAAAAUGAAGAAGGCAAACUUGACAUUGAUGAGCUAGAGGAUAUGAUUGAAGAACAUCCAAAAAAUGAUGAAGACAAUGAAGAAGCUGAAUUUAUGGUACUUGAUGAAGACAGUGAAGAUGGCAGAGGUGGUGCUUCACUAGAGGAAGAUGAAAAUAAAGAAAAAGAUUGGUUACAAUCUCCAUUAUGA